AUGGCCCUCAACAAGCUCGCAAUUGAUAAGCUAGAUUUGUCCGGUAAACGUGUCCUCAUCCGUGUCGACUUCAAUGUGCCGCUGAAAGAGGGGAAAAUCACGAACAAUCAACGAAUUGUUGCCGCCGUUCCAACGAUUAAGCAUGCCCUCGAUCACGGAGCAAAAAGUGUCGUUCUGAUGUCGCAUUUGGGCCGACCCGAUGGACGACGACAAGAGAAAUAUACCUUGAAACCGGUUGUUGAUGAAUUGAAAGGGUUGCUUGGAUGUGACGUGAAAUUCCUGAAUGAUUGCAUUGGAUCGGAAGUGGAAGCUGAAUGCGCAAAUCCGACUCAAGGAUCGGUGAUUCUUCUCGAAAAUCUUCGUUUCCAUUUGGAAGAGGAAGGAAAGGGAGUCAACGAAGCCGGUGAGAAAGUGAAAGCAAAAGGGGAAGAGGUCGAGAAAUUCCGGGAAUCGUUGACGAAAUUGGGCGAUGUCUACAUCAAUGACGCGUUCGGGACGGCUCAUCGAGCUCAUAGUUCAAUGGUUGGCUGCAAGUUGGACCAGCGAGCCACCGGUUUCUGCAUGAAGAAAGAAUUGGAGUACUUCGCGAAAGCUUUGGAUCAACCAGCUAGGCCAUUCCUUGCGAUCCUUGGUGGAGCUAAAGUCGCCGACAAGAUUCAACUCAUCAAUAAUCUCCUGGAAAAGGUGGAUGAAAUGAUCAUCGGUGGCGGGAUGGCGUUCACGAUUCUCAAGGUUUCAAAGGGCGUUUCGAUUGGAAAAUCGCUUUUUGAUGAAGAGGGAGCCAAGAUUGUGCCCGAAUUGCUGAAGAAAGCCGAAGAGAAAGGAGUGCAAAUCCAUCUUCCCGUUGAUUUCGUUGUCGCCGAUUCAUUCAGUGAGACAGCCGAACACAAAGUGGCCACACUUGCUGAUGGAGUGCCGGAAGGAUAUAUGGGACUUGAUGUUGGACCCGAGUCAUCAAAGCUUUUUGGAGAUGUUGUGAAGAGAGCCAAGACAAUUGUGUGGAAUGGACCGGCUGGAGUCUUUGAAUGGGCCAACUUUGAGAAGGGCACGAAAGACUUGAUGGAUGCGGUGAUCGAGGUGACAAAAACGGGAGCGGUGACAAUCAUUGGAGGAGGAGAUACGGCCACUGCGGCCAAGAAGUACGAUGCUGAGGACAAGGUUUCCCACGUUUCAACCGGUGGUGGUGCCUCAUUGGAGCUUCUCGAGGGUAAAGUUCUUCCCGGUGUUGAUGCCCUUUCUUCCGCG